AAAUACCAAUAAAAAUAAUUCCUUUAUAUCCAAACACCCCCUCAGAUUUCUUUUCAUUAACACCAUUACAUGUCUAAUGAACCUCACGCAAAAUUAAACAUAGGAAAAUUCUCGUUUUACGCCAGCGAGUGCCAAAAACCUCAAAUGAAACUGGGUUUAUCAAGAUUCUGACUGGAUUCCAAGGGCACAGCAGGUUGAACAUCCACACCAAAUCAAUAUGAAUUUUAAGAUUCUAGGAAUUUAAUAAACAAACCAUACACACAAAGGGCAGAUUUCGGGGUAAGUCGCGGUAUGACUGUUGCUGUGGCUAUUAAUAAGAUGCCUGCAGUAAGGAAGGUUCGCAGAGAGACCACCACAACAGAAGUCAGUAGCUGUUUGAAAUAUAUGAUUUUUGGAUUCAAUGUUUUGUUCUGGCUUAUGGGACUUGGCAUCUUAACGAUUGGAGUAUGGGCCUGGUCAGAAAAAGACAUAUUUAAUAAUUUAGGAAAAGUAGCAAAUAUUGCUUUGGAUCCUGCAUUCAUAUUGAUUUGUAUUGGAACUGUAACUUUUGUGAUUGGAUUUACUGGUUGUGUGGGUGCUCUCAGAGAAAACACUUGCUUACUGGCAACUUAUGCUAUCUUUUUAUCAGUUCUUUUGCUUUUUGAAAUGACAGCAGGGAUUUUGGGAUUUAUUUUCAAAGACUGGAUUAAAUCACAAGCUACAAUUGGAUUUCAAACUUUUAUUAUCCACUACAGGGAAGAUCCUGAUCAGCAAAACCUCAUUGACUGGAUUCAGGAAGAUUGGCUCCAAUGUUGUGGAAUCGAGGGUCCAAAAGACUGGGACAGAAACAAUUACUUCAAUUGCUCCUCUCGAGUUGUUGGUAGCAGGGAAGCUUGUGGUGUGCCAUUCUCCUGCUGUAAAAGAAAACCCAAUGAAAUAAUCAAAAAUAAGCAGUGCGGAUACGAUGUUAGAAAACCUGGAUUUGUAAAAGAGAGGCAUAUUUUCGAAAGGGGUUGCUUGAGAGCGGGUGAGGAGUGGAUAGAAAGCAACCUGGUGCCAGUUGCUGCGGUUAAAGUAGGAAUUAUGAUCCUACAGGCUUUUGAUGUCUCAAAAAUAAUUUACGAGCAGGGCUGCCUCGAAGCUGUUGAAUUGUGGACAGAGAAAAAUAUGAUUACUUUAACCACCUAUUCUAUUUUUGUUUGCUUCUUUCAAAUUCUGGGCAUCUGUUUCGCGCAGAACCUGCGCGCCGACAUUUUCGCGCAGAAAGCGAAAUGGCACUGACAGUUAAGGACUCCCACCGCCGUUUAGUAUAACUUCGUAUACGAAAAUGCGUGGGAGCCCUAUUUAGAAUCCUCGGCACCGUUUCAGAGGGUCAAGUUGGUCGGAGUUCGUGUAUCGUCAUGAUAAACAUUGUGUCUCUCUAUUUUUAUUAAUUUCCAGCUUCUGUAUUGUACAGUCGCCUAGAAAUAUGAUGCAGCUUUUUUUUAUUAAGGAAGAAAGAUAAUUUUUAAUUUAACUCGUAUGGUUGGUUACUAAACUGUGAUACGCAAGUCGAUUGGCUGGAGCUCGUAUUAGGAUUUCAUCAUUUCCGGAUAAACUUUUUUUUUUAAUUGGUAUACAGGAAGUUACAAAUUUUAGUAAUAAGGCCAAAGGUGGUACUGUAAGUCUGAGAGUACCACUUAAAUAAACUCAGGAAAAGGUAAAAAAAGAUUUUUUUUUUAUGUUCACGUUUUUAGAACGGAGGAGGUGUUUCAAAUUUAUAACGGCCUGUAUAUAAACAUUGUAUUGUAUAAAUUUAUUUAUGUAAUUUUAGGCUCAUAUUUAUUCUGUACGGGGGCUUCAAAUUAAGUCUGCAUUAUAAUUAACUUUGUUAUCCCUGAAGAUGACAGGAUGGUGAAAUAAGCAAAGUUGCCGCAUUUUGCUGCUGCUUAACAUAGCGAAAACUGAAAAACAUUAAACAAUCGCUCUUUUAUGUUAUUAAUUUUUUUUAAAUGGGACAUGUAUUACAGCAAUCAUUAGCAAAUAACCUGUGAAUUCAGUAUUUGAAUUCGAAUUUUUGUACUUAUUUUUUUUAAUUAAUUUUAUUUUUAUAACUGGCGGGUAUCUGUUAAAUUAUCGAUAAACCCAAAUUAGGAUCUAUAAAUUACUCAAUGAUGCAAUUUCAACAAAAAACACUCGGUGAUUUCAAAUUUUAUUUAAAACGUCAAGGAAACCAACUGAUGACUUUUUGCCGACGUUUCGAAAUUUAGUUGAUCUUCAGUGCCAGUUUAGGAUUUGGUAAAAAUGCCGCCCUAAUCUUUCAAACUUACUCAUGUUGAAAAAUCGGUGACAAUUCAAAGGGGGUAUAUACAAGAAUUUCACGUAAUUGUAUUUAUUUAUUGUAGAAUUAUAGGUAAAUAAUUACAUAAUCUAAAUUACGUUUCAACUUUUGAUAAGUACUAAGUACAGUACGAGUAAAAUUAAAUCAUUUCGUCAUCGAAUAAGAGAACUCAAGGUCUAAAGUAUAAGUUUUUCUCAAAUGUUCAGAUCUUUUAUGCAUUUUGUUGAAUCAAUCUUGCCGAAUGCAGUACAUACAGAAAAUUUGUCGUAGAUCCUUUCAUAUGCCAGGUACCCGUUUGGUAAUUCAAGAUCGAACUUAAGAGGAUUCACCUAAAAAUCAUCACUACCCGACAACUGAACUUCCCCAUCUCGUGAUUCGUCAAACUGUAACUUUCUUUUUCUUCUUCGGCAAGUAGUCGUUUGUCGUAGUCUCUGGGAUGUUCAAUGCUUUCUCUUCAUAAAACCCAUUCAUGUAUCAUAUACUCUAGCUUUUUGUCGCGUAGUCUCAUCUUCAGUUACAUCUUCCUCAAAUAAGAUCAAAGUUUCAAUAAUUUUGACAUAGUGUUCAUAAAGUACUUUUACUGCAUCAGUAUAAGUGAAAACACUCCGAAGAUCAAUAGAUCAUUUUUAUUCUAUACAUCCGUCGAAGAAUUCACUUAAGCGUUGCAAAAAUUUUUCCUAAAAUUGACAGCGGAGAAGAUAUAAUACCAUUUGAACUUUAAAGUUAUAAAUUGAAAAAAAAGUAAUAAAAUGCAGGUAGGUUAAAAGAUCCGAUAAGAUUUAAAAAAACUAUGUCAAAUAUUCAAGACUUACAAAACAUCCCUAUAAAACUGUUCUAGGCAGUAAUAUGCUUUUUUAAUUAAUAAAUCCUUCACAGAACAGCUAAACUGCUUGCUACUACUUUGCAUUCCAGGGGCAAGUGAUUAUACAUUUUAAUAUCCUCAUAAGUAAGUAAUAAGGUAUAAGUAAUUGAGUAUUAUAUAAGGGUACUCUUUGGGGUGCAUAGACGUAGAUUGGUACUAUUAAAUCUUGUUAGAUAUAUGUUGGGCUCAUUAGUACUCUUGUAUUUUUUAUGAAUCAUUUCUACCGUCAUCAGUAUAAAAAUACAAGUUAACAUGAGUAUUCGCUCUCUUACAAAUAGCGGCCUGUAGUGGUCUCUAAUGCCUACUGCACACAAAUAUCUCACAGCACGCUUCUGUAAGACAAAAAGUGAUUGAACCAGACCUUGACCAGGGAAGCCCCAAAAUUGAAUUCCAUAUCUUAAGUGGGACUCUACUAGGGCAAAGUACACACUUCUAGCCACCUCUAUACCAACCUCACUGCGGACCACUCUAACAGCAUAGAAACAAGCAGAGGCAAUCUUUCCCUUCAAAGCAACAAUGUGAGUCUUAAAUUUAGUCAAUAAAAACUCCUAGAAAUUUGUAGCAAUCUCUAUUCAUUAUAGACUCCCCAUUCAAAGAAGGAUUGGUAGUAAUACCUUUAAAUGUCACAAUAUUCGUUUUGGAAAUAUUAAAAGAAAGCUUGUUUGCGUCACAUCAAUUUUUAAUAUCAAUUAAGUUUAAUAUCAUUGUUUAUUGUUUCUUCCAAUGUAUUGUUCUUUGUUCCUAGCCACAGAAUAGUAGUGUCAUUAGCAAAUAACAUAAAGGAUCCAUUAAUACUCGCUAGACGCUGGGUCGUUGAUGUAAAUGAGAAACAAUAAAGGGCCAAGAACCGAUCCUUGAGGAACCAAUCGGUCGAUAUUCUGCACAGAUGAAUUAUUGUGUUGGCCCUUAACCACCUGUCUUCUAUUUGCUUGAUAUGACCCAAGCCACAUCAAAGCACAGCCUCUAAAUCCAUAGCAAGGUAGCUUUUGCAGCGAUAUUUUACGAUCCACAUAAUCAAAGGCCGUGGAAAAAUCACAAAAUACCACCGCAGCCAUCUCUACAAGUACAGCAUCUAAAAGAUUAAUAAAUAACUUGACUGAAAUGCCAUCAAUACCUGCCGAGCGUUUGUCUUUAAUUGAAACUAAUAUUUUUUUAAUUUCGUUUACGUCAGUGUGAUACAAACAAAAUGAAUCUCGUUCAGACACAUUCCUUAAAAAUGACAAAGGAUCAGUAUUAGAAUAUAUAUUUUUUCCCAAAUUCUCAGCAAUUGUGCAAUAAACAUUAUUGUGUUUAUCCGGAUCCAAUCCAUCGCCCCUAUAAUUACCCUUAUCUUUUCGAUUCCGUCUUAAGUCAUUCAAUAUGUGCCAAUUUUCCUUUGUUCUAUUAUUCGCAGUACAAAUUUUACUAUAAUAAUAAUUGUUUUUAGCAUUUUUUAUAACUUUACAAGUACUGUGGAUUAUCAGAAACAUCCGGAACUUUUUCACCAUUUUCGACAGUAGAUAAUAAAUCAUCUGAGUCAUCAUCUGCCACAAAGUCUUCUUCAGAAUAGCUACUUGAUUGUUCUAAACUGUAUCCCAAAUUGUUUGUCUUACGCUUAGCUUGACUUCUUGAUGAGAUGGCUGUUGACGUGCUGGGAGUAUCGGAAUCAGUCAAGCUUGUUUUACUCUGCCCAAUUUGUUUUUUAACUUGAAGUUUUGAUAUAGUUGAAACAGAUGCUUUUGCGGAUGAUUCCAAUUCUGUUCCGUUGUGUAAGGUGACGCAGUUAUUACGGCAGCUUUUCCUGCUUUUCGUCCUUGGUUGCUGGUUUUUUUACAAAUGAUUGGGACAGGCGAGACCAUCUCAGGAGUUACAAUAUUUGUUGGUGGCGUCGGAUUUUCAGUAUCUUGAGGUACUGGAAGAGAGACAACAGCAUCAACUUCAUCUUUCUCGAUAGUUUCGGAGGCAAGAAAGUCAGAUUCAUGAAAGACAUUUGGAUUAAGGGGAAAAAUUCCGGUGGCUUUAAAACCAUUAACAGCAAUCUCACCACGCUGAACUCUUAAAUAAGCCUUGCCGAAAAUUUCCAUCACAUCAAAUGCAGUUACUGGUCUGGCAUUUUGUCGUACCCACGUUCUUAUCUCCUCACUGUAAUGAGCUUUGAAUUGUCCCAUAAAAGAUUUGUCAAGGGGCUGAAGUUUAUGUGUUGAAUGUGGCGGUAAGCACACAACCGUAACAUUAUUUUCUCUGGCCAUGUUAAUGACAUCAAUAUUGCGAGUAUGCGAGUUAUGAUCGUCUAAUACGAGCAUAACUGGAGAUUCAGGUGUAGGCUUUACUGUCGCUACAAAGUGAUCAAACCAUUUUGUAAAAAUGUUAUUUGUAUCCACCCUGAUGAAUGACAUUCGAACUUUGUCCCAGGUGGAGCCCCCUUUGCAAGCUGAGGGCUUUCUGAUCUUCUUUUUGAGUUUUUUCUGGGGAAUAUAACUAAGGGUGGAACAAAAUUGCCCUCUGCACUCAUACAAAAUAUUACUGUAAUUAGUGAGCCUUGUUCUGUGGAAGUCAUGCUACUAAUUUGUAGUUUACCUUUACGUGCAUGCACCUUACGUACUUCUGGUAUCUUUGAAGGCACUAUAGAGACACCACUCUCGUCAACGUUGAAAACGCGGUCUGCUGAAUAGUUAUGUUUUUCAUAUUCAUUCGUUAAGAUAGUAAAAAAUGACUGAACGUUUUCUUUGGAAAAGCCCUUGGCUGUAACAAAAGAUGUGCCUGUAGGUCUUCUAAAUGACAAUGUAUCUGAGUGCCGUCUCAUAAACAGCCUAAGCCAGCCUUUUCCAGCCGUUUCUUUGCCAAAAGGAAUUGACAGAUUAUUUUUAACAGCAAGCUGAUAUGCCAUAUUCCUUAUGUCGUUUCUGGUUAAACCAAAAUACUUACUUUCCAUAUAAAGUAAGUACCUUAUAAGUUCAUCUUCUAGUUCUUUUGUAAGCACUCUUCGUCAACCUAGUUUUGUUUCAGCAGAAAUAUCUGGAUCUUCGUUUUUCUAACAGUGUCUAAAAAGGGUUGUUCUGGGAACAUUGUAAGUUUUGGCUGCCUGCAGGUACCCCAUUUUCUGUUCCUUAACAGCACAAAUUGCUUGUAUCAUAUAAUUUUUUUCGUAACAUUUUCUUUUUCGACUACCUUUUGAUGCCAUACUGAAAUAAAAAAAAAUCACAUAGUUCUAUUUAAUUAUAUAAAAAUUGAGGUUUCUAACGCAGAGAACAAGCACAAGAUUUAAUAGGUUUACAAUGGCCUCUCUUCUGUUUAUUACUUUUUUAGUUACAAUAAUUGUUAUUGACAUACUAUUUAGUAUAAAAGCAUAUUUAGAAAUGCUUUUAUAGUAACAAAAUAUCACUAUUUUAGUAUUCUUAAUGGGAUACUAAUAUGGAAUCCUAUUCCAUAUUUGUGGCUCAAAAAAUUCCAUAUUAGUUACCCUCAUAACCUAAUCUUAUAAUACUCUAAAAAAAUAUUUCUAUGUUAAAAAACAAAGGUACCUAAAAACUAUUGUAAACUAUGAUGUUUGAACUGUCACAAAUGCACAACAGUUUAAAUAAAAAAUAAGUAUUUUAUCGCUAACACACGGAAACAGCAAAAUCUGCAAAAUUUUUAUGAUGCCGCAAAAAAAACGACUGUCCAUGGUAAGCCAACAAAACAAACUAGAGACGGACCGAUCGAAAAAAAACCUUAGAUGAAUGCACUUCGACACUUUCAACGGGCAAUUAAUAGAGGGCGCUUGCUACUUUUUCUGGUUUACAACUAUUCCAUAUUACUGACCUAUUCCAUAUUUGUCGCCCUUACUCUACAUUUCAUUCCAAAUAAUUUUAUUGCAAUCAUUUCUUAAUCUUAAAAAACAUUGUUAUAUAUCUAUUGUUAUAUAUAUAUUAUUGAUUUGUUAUAAAUCCUUCCCUUUUUUACGAGUUUAGAAUUUCGAAUUUUUAAAUUAAUCGUAGAUAAUACGGCUUCAUGGUCUGAUAGAGCCGACGACACAACCCUAGUAUCACAAAAGAUACAUACAUCAUUGAAGUUAGGUAUAAUCUAUUAAAGUACUUAACAAAUUUAUUAUACGAGUUGGACUUUCUACUAACAUUUGCAAGUUAAAUGAUAAAAAGAGCGCAUUUAAGCUCUGGGUAUACAUACAGUUUCCAUCUAAAUAAUUUAUAUUGAAAUCCCCCGCAACCAUAAUCUUUGCUUUAAGAGGCAAACGAGAGAGUAGAGAGAUACUCUAAUCUAUUCAAAAAAUCUAUGACAAUACUGUUAGGAGGCCUAUAAAUACAUAAAAUAUAAAUAUUUAUCUCUUUGUUAAAUACAAGUGAAAAUUCGAAUUAAUUUUCCACUAACAAAUCUUUUCAUCAAUCGCAUCACUUGAAUUUACCCUUUCAUGCAAAUCUUCCCGAACAAAUAUUGCUGUAGCUCACCCCAUUUAAUCACCUCUGCAGAAAGAGGCUAGCAUCAAAUAACCACAUAUUACAUUGUAAGAUUGCAGGCUUAUUAUGAUAAUGUAAAAAUAGAAUCAGCUCAUUGACUUUGUUUCGUAAUUGUGAUUGCAUGUUUAAAAGAAGACAUUACACACUGUUCAAAGAUCCAUGUUUAAUAGGUCUGCCUGUCUUGGUUUUUCCAAAAAAAAUACUUCGUCAGAAUUAUUUGAAGAUAAUGAAAAUACCUGCCCCCUGACACUAUUAGAAUCAGCAUUAAGAUCUAUCACCACCUCAAGCCUAGGAGAAGGACGACAGUCAAUCCUCGUUUCAACCUUGGGUAAUGUUCUGAAAUGUUCAAAAUUAAAAAAAAUCGAGCACUCUUCUUUAUAAUAAAUAAGCCAACACGCACUUGCCCCUGGAAUAGAGAUAAAUGCCAUUUCUAUGAAAACAUGUAUAAUCAAAUCCAUCCUGCAAGUCUAAAACUUUAAUAUGACUAGAGUAAAAACACAAAUUCGAAACACAAUUAACAAACUUAUGGUUAACAGAAUAAAAACUAUGCAUACAAUUAAAUUGGCAAAAAAGCAUUUGUCAGCAACGUUGACUUUUUAGAACACACAGAAAAGUAUAAACAUUUAUUUACACUCUAUUACGACUUAAAAGUCGCGCCGAUAUUUGGCCACCUAGCGGCAAGAGCUCCUUAUAUAUCGUCGCCUUACUGUGAAAAGUGCAUAAGUCCAAAAUGAGUAAUUUUACAGGAGAAGCAAAAAACUGUAUUUUCGGGGUUAUAUUUUAAAAAACAUGCAUUUUUUUUAAUGAAAUUUAUUUAUUUUAAAAAUAGUUAACAUUUUGAUUUUUAAUGUUUUUUUGGAAACUACCAUGUAGUAAGGGACUUAUGCAUUUUUCAUACUCUAAUUUGCGAACAAAAAUGGACUUAUGCAUUUUAAGAAAAACACUAAUCAUAGAACAGAAACAUUUAUUAAACAAAAACAAAUUAAAAUCUUUUUAUUAAAUAAAAGGUUAUUCGUGCUUCAAGUUAUCGUAGAAAGGAUGAUAAUCUGCCUCCAUUGUUUUCUUCAAAAACAUUAAAUUAUUAAAUUUUUCCUUUUUUAUUUUUAGAAAUCUUUAUAAAGCGGUGGUAACGAAUUAAAGGGUACAGACACUCUACUUUUACUUUGCCUGAUAGGUAAUUCCUUAAAAUUGUCCUUGUGUCUAAUUUUGAAAUCAAUUUUUCCAUUUACAUUAUAUCUUAAUGCCCGUAUAUCAUUCACAGUGAGAUCACCUGCUUUAAAUCCUGGUCGAAUGGACUUCACUAACUUAAUUUCGUCAAAAUUCUUGAAAUGUUCAUGACUUAAAAAUUAACUUUAUAGGGCUUCGGCAAUUUUCUCGCAUAUUUACCGGCAGCAACAAUAUCAGCGGGCACAUUGAUAUUUCGUCCUUUUAAAUAACGUUCUAUGGUGGAAUGCAUCGAGUCACAUUCCAUUUGGGUGUGACCCUUUUCCAUUUAUUUUUGUUCAAUACACACCUGGUUUGUUACACAAAGAUUAAGAAGAGCAUUUGAUAAUGUGACAUUCCUAUUCUGAUCUUUUGGUUAGGGGUAAGGUUUGGAAUAAUAUCAGUCAUGAGAAAUUGGGAAAUAAUAGAGGAAAAACAAUUUGCGGUUAGUUCUCCUUCACCCUCAUGCCAUACAAAGCAAUGCCCUUCUUUGGUAUGGAGAUCAAAAAUCGUAAAAUUAUGGACUACUAAUUUUGUUCGAUAAUACAAAGCCGAAGCGUUCGACUUCGGGCAAAGGAGAACCGAUUGUAGAUCCAUUGUGAAUACUUUGUCGUCAGAAAGUUUAUCAGAUUCAUUUUCACUUCUUGCUUCAUUUUUCUUUUCAAUGUGCUCGAUGUAAAUUUGCUCUUCUAUAUUUUUUGUUUUAUAUCCCACGCAUACAACACAUUCAUCUUUUUUUGGAUUAUAUAGUGCCAAGUUAAGUUCGUCAAAAACUUCGUGAAAAGUCUUUAUACUUAGAGCAUUUAUUUUGUUUUUAGCACACCAAUCUUCUUUAUAAAUGUGGUACACUUCGGCUUUUGAUCUAAAAUGUGGUUCAAGAUACAGUCUCGAUGUUGUUUUGCGGCAGUAAUGAGAUUCAAGCUUAGGCAGUGUAUGAAAAAAAGAUUUUAGGUUUUCCUUUUAUUUGAUGAAUCUUAAGUUUUUCUUUCUUGGAGUAUUAUUAUCAUGAUUUUCGCUCGAGCUGGCAUCACUUUUAUUAGGACUUUUGGUGUCACUUUCAAUCCAUGCAGAUAUUGUUCUUACUAAAACUCCCAAAGUGUUGCAAAACAAAGUUUUGCAUACGCGAACUUGUUCAUUUUUUGUAUGUAGAAAGUAUUGAUAUGAAAUGGAUCUUUGGCUUUUGUCGUCUUCUUUUCUGUUUCUUGGGCGAGCUGUCGGCAGCGCUAAUACCCUAGAUGACACAUACAUUCUUUCUCUUGCCAUUUUAACUUCCAAAACUUCUGAAACAUCUUGUCUCGUUCUUGGUCACUUAUUUUAAAGCACUGAAUUUUUGCAUGUAUUUACUUUAACACAUUUACACCUUUCCUUUAGAGUUUUCUUUCCUUUGUUUAUUUUAAACUCAUUACCUUUCCUGCUUGUGUAGUCUAAACCAUGUUCUCGUCUUCUUUUUUUUUAUUCCAUUAUACUUCCACUGUUCAGGAUUGCUAAAUUUUAUUUUUUUUCGUUUUCGGUUUAAGUCCUGGUUAUCAAUAUCUUCACGUGAAGAAAUUUCUUCUUGUUCUUCCUCCUCCAGUAGAAGACUCUGAUCACUCGCUUCACCAUCGCAUCGGUUGCUUCGUUUUCUUCUUCUUGUUCCAUUUCAAAACUGGAAUCAUGAUCUUCAACUAUUUUAACAUCUUCGUGCUCUAACACAUUUACUCGUUCAAGGUUUUCGUAAUAUUUGGGUUAUGUUCUUUUCUUUGGUCUGAUUCUAAUAAAUUUUUACUUUCAAGUUCUUUUUCAUCGGUUUUACUUACAUUCUCUCCUACUUUCAAGUCAAUUGUUGUAUUAAGGUUCCAAUGAUUAUCUUCAUCUUCAUUAAUAUUAUUAACAAAACUAGUUGAUAUCACGAAAGAACUAUCAAAUAAUAUAUUUUCAUCAUUUAAAAUUUCUUCUGCCAGUCGCCAUUCUUUUAACAAAUCAUAUGUUUUGCGAGCUUGAAUAUCAUCGGAGUUUUUAGGUGGCUGGUCUUCAAAACUCUCACUCUCAAGUAGCUCUGAAUACUGAUUAUCAAUCGAGUUUUUAAUGUCUUGUAGGCCAAUAGACCAUUGGAGUAGUUUAUAGCCUCUUUUUGAUUUAUCCAUAUCUGAAAAAAUACAAUUUUUAAAUUAAUAAGUGGUGAUAGAAAUUGCUAAAUAUUGUUUAUAAUUAUUAAAAAGUUGUGAUGUUGUAAAGAUUUGUGUUGGCACUACAGAAAAAUAAGAAUUUUUCCCGUUUAAGGAUGCUAACAAGAGUUACUUAUUAUUCUGAAACCAAGAGGAGAUCUAGAAUGUAAAGCGGUUUAAAUACUUGUGAAUCUGGGAUCUGGGCACCAAACUUAAAUCAAAGUAUUUAUAUAGUUGUCCAUUAACGACGAAAUUUUUUAAAAUUAUGGGCCUAUCUAACUACCUACAUUUAAAAAAUAAAAAAAAAUAACCUAUUUCUCAACAUAUUCAACUGUGCAUAACUCCGCCCGUAUGUUAAAUAAAAAUAUAUAGUUUAAGUUGUUAUUUUAGUGUUAUAAUUUUUUUAAAAGAAAAGGAAAAUAUGGCAAUAUAAUACGCACUUACCGUUGAAAACGUUAAUUCAAUACCGUAACGUUCAAUAUACGUUCAGUACGUAAAUUCAUCACCACAAACACUGACGGACUUUUGCAGGUUUCAUAGAGUUGUCAAAAUAGUUGGACUUAUGCAGAUUUCAUUUCUAUAAUUUUAUAUAAUCUAUUCAAUAUUUCGCGAUCUAAAGUAGGUCCCCGGAUAGCUUUAAAAAUCAGCUAAUAGAUGCCACCAAAUGUCUGAAAUUGAAUUUUUUGGACUUAUGCAUUUUUCACAGUAAGGCGACGAUAUUAGGUAUUCCAUUGUUCCGGAACAUUCACUCACUUUCCACGUGUGCCCAGAGAUGUCGUAAGGUGUGCUACACUAAGAUGUUUCCCAAACUCAUAAUACAUAUUUGCUUUUGUGGUAUUUUGAUUACUGUGACUGUUCUAUAUGAAACAUUUGAAAUUAAGAACUCAACGUUUUUUAGCCGUAUCCUUUUUACAGUCUGUUAUGCUAUUUUUACCUUCCCAACUGUAAAAAUAAUACUUACUAUAUUCGUUAAAAGGACGCCUGUUUUCCAAAAAUAUAGAAUCGAAUUUCGUCAAGAACAAAAUAUGUGAGCUAUAACUUUAUUAGCAAGAAUAGCCAUUAACACAACUCGUGCGUAAUAGCCAGAGAUACCAAGCACCCUACAAUUCUUCCCAUUAUUUUGUAUAUUUAAAUGAGGAUUCAAUUGAAGACUAAGCCAUAUUUGAUACAAAUUUAAAACUAAACUCUUGUUAAUCUUCCUAGUUGAGGGUAAAGAAUGCUAAUAGAUCUUUGGAUAUUUAAAAAUUACUACUGAAAAUGCGUUUUAUAACUUGAUCAUAAUUUCUGACAUUUAAAUGGAUGUAGGUAAUUUCGAAAAUUCUUUAAUGGCCACAUAUAAGGCAUUUUUAGUACAAUUAUAUAAAUUCAUUGUCGGCUAAUAAAGGUCAAAAUAUGUUGAUAGAACUUUAUAUUAGCUAAAACAAAUUGUACUAAAAAGCCUUGUGCACGUGCACUACCAUACAAUUUUUUACUUAUUGUCACACUUUUUUAGUUUACCGGAGACUUUUACCACUCAUAGAGUGUCAUUUAGUACACUUAUUAAAAUUGCCACUGAUAAUCAAUGUAACAAAUGGUUUUCCAUCCGAAUUCCUUUUUUUUUACCUUCAUCUUUUAAAAUAAAAACAAAAAUACAUAUAAUAUACAAAGUGUCCCAUUUAAAAAAUUGAUUUUUUUUAAUAACUUAAUACCGUGAUAUUCAAUUAUUAUUUUUUUCACCAAGUUAAUAAGCAGCCUAAAAUUAAUAUAAACUUAAUUUCAGGCAACCCGUAUAAUUUCUAUCAAUAUACGAACUCUUACCGUUACAAAACCUCUCUGCGAACUCAUUGUACUAAUAUUUUAUAAACUUGUAUCUAUAGCAAUUAGAUUGCAAAUAAUUUUAAAUUUUUACCCAUUGAUAUUAUUAUAAAAUUGUAAUUGUAAAAAAGCCUUUUACUUGGCGAAUUUUGUCUACAAAAAACUUACUUGUGUAUGUUGUACAGAUUAAUUUACAAUUAAGGACUUUUCGAACAAAAAAGAAGGUUGGUGAACAUUUAUUUUUUUUGAAACACAUAAACACAGUUACAUAACCUUUAUGUAAAUAAUAUACUUUUAUUGUAAGAUGCAACAAGCAACAUAAGUGUCUCUGUGAUUCUUUAUUUUGAAUUCUCGAAUUUUUUAGGCAUAUCAUCCCAUCACAUGCAUUUUAAAAGUGCCUUUGUAAUAUUUUUGAUACUGUUUUUAUUUUUGUAAAAGGUACUUUUAAAAUAUAUUUUCUGGCAAAUACACACCGUUGUAAUGUAAAAAAAAACAAAUUUUACUCGCUAUAUAAUGCUUUAGGUAGUGGCUGUUAGGGGCAAUAUAAUAAUGUGAUAUUUUCUUACAUUCCUAAUGCUUUAGUUGCUUUUUUUAUUUAUUAUCUAUUUAAAUGUUAAUUUUGACCAGAAUCUCAUUUUUUUUAGUGGAGUAAUAGUACCUUUAACAUAAAAAUGAUAUUGUUAACAUAUAACCCGGUAAAAUAACUGAUAUUGUACGACUAAAAGGAGUCUUUACUUGGUUGAAAAAGUCUUGUCAUUAACAUUUGCAUUUAUUGUUAAUAUAUUGACAUUGUAUUAUUUUAAUGUUGUAAUUCUUUGAAAUAAAUAAGAUAUUUAAUAAAGGAGA